UUUGACCCCAAGAUAACAUGUCACAAAGUCCUGCCUUUGGAUAUGAAAUAAAUGUCCAUAGCUUGUGCUACUAGAUUCUACAACCAUGUCUGCGGAGAGCGGUUGUUCGGUGUUGUCCCUCCUGCUGUUUGUGGUGUUUGUUCCGCCCGAUGUACUGACCACCCCGCUGGACGACUACGUCAACAAGCCGGACCCUCACUACUCCUACCACGAGGUGUUGGAAUGGCGUCUGAAGGGUCCCGGUUACACCAUGUACCUCCUCAACAUGACCUCACAACAAUGGCUCACAGAGGAUGAAGUUGACCGUCCGAUCUGGUGGCACUUCCUGACCGUGGUCAUCCCAGACAACAUGACCUAUCCUGAUGCCGGGUUCUUGUUUAUAGACGGAGAUAAAAACGAUCACCCGGAAAGCGUCGCUGCAAACUUGAAGCAGGUCCCAAACGGUCAUCUGGUGUUCAAGAAAGAUCCAAGUAAAAGGCGCCUCGCGGAAGACGCCCUCAUCGCAUACACGUGGAGACGUUUCUUAGACGAUCCCAACCCGGAAUGGAUAGUCAAUAUGCCGAUGACAAAGGCGUCUGUGAGGGCAAUGGACGCAGUGCAAGACUUUGUGAAGAACAAGACAGGAAAGCAGCCUGAGAAGUUCAUGGUGGGAGGGGCGUCAAAGCGCGGUUGGACCACGUGGGCGACUGCUGCGGUAGACAAGAGGGUGUUUGCCAUGACCCCAAUCGUCUUUGACUUGCUGAACGUACAGAAGACACUUCACCACUACUACAGAGUGUUAGGAGGAUGGUCCUUCGCCUUCAAAGACUACUACUUCUACAACCUCAGUGCCAGUCUGGAUGAACCAAACUAUGAAAAGAUGCGCACCGUUAUAGACAUGCUUGAGUACACGGAUCGUCUGACGAUGCCUAAGUACCUUAUCGGCACGGGAGGUGACGAGUUCUUCAUGCCUGAUGAUUCCUACUUCUACUGGGACCAAUUGGAAGGAGAGAAAUACAAAAGAUUGAUACCCAACGCUGACCACCUUUGUGUUGGCCAUGAAAUCAGCAUUUUGUUCGGACUUCGGUCAUUCUUCCUUAGCUUAAUGGAGGACUCUCCCAGACCAAAACUUACCUGGACACGAGAAACGGGCCCCAGAAGUGGAAGGAUAACUCUGCACACUGAUAUGGAACCUGUGAUAAUCCGGUCUUUCCACGCGCGGACUCCGGAUGAAGAGAGACGUGACUUCCGUUUCAUCAAAGAACUCCCGGAUCACCAGUACGCACCACACCCCGUCGUCUGGCUGCCGGAAGAUGUACAAGAUAUGGGAAAUGGGACGUACGUUGCAGAAUUCGACUUCCCUCCUUAUGGUUGGCUGGCAUUCUUUAUCCAGGCCACGUUCCCGGCUCCCCAUGGAACUGCUCUUGAGUUCACCACCGAGGUGCACAUCAUUCCGGAGACAUUCCCCUUCCCAGAGUGCCACGGGGCAGGCUGCAAGGGGACUCUCGUUUAAAAGUAUAAAAGUACCAUGUUUAAAAGUAGCCUGGUAACCAACCACUGUUCGACAAAUUAGGCUUGGUGAGUCGUAUGGACCUGGGCUUGACGCAGACGUUUAUCCAUGUCAUUUACUGAAACUAAAAUCUUGAAAUUUCAAUAAAAGUGUGCUUUUUGUACAAGUACAUGUCACAACUUGAAAAGAAUGGAAUCAACUUCGGAGAAUUCGGAGAUUUCCAGGGGCAAUCGGAAUUCUACCAAAAUACUAAAGCCUCUGCUGUAGUACUUGUUUGAAUUUAAAGUUAGCCAUAGAUUAAGGUAUUGUUAUACACCAGUGUGUAGUAUACAGAUUACUCUUGACAUUCAAAUGUCAGAAUAACGACCUCAAUUUUUAUGAUUUGUUGUACUUUGAUUGUUAUACACUAGUGAGUAUAAAGCAUUCAAGUGUUAGAAAAGAAAGAUUAAAUCUUUGUUGUAUUGUUUCUAACCUUGAGUGUUAGCUAAUAGAAUAAGUCCUAUACAGUACAUUAAGUGUUAAAAAGUAGAUUCCAAUCUUUCAUAGAAGAAUUCCGAAUCAUCCUGGAUUCCUAUCUCUACCAUGACAUAUAUAACAAGAACUAUUAUAAUAAUUUUAAAAUUUGUCAACCAGGGCUGUGUUGAUAUAAACAAUGUAAGACAGCUUCAAGAGCCUGUGACAAAUUUCACUGAAUGAGCAAAAGAAAGCUGUUCAUGGCCAUGGUUGUAUCUGAGAGUUAUCAUUAAGGUUGUCAUCAAAAUAAGUUAAAACAUAUGAUUGUAUAAAAUAUGAUCCAAAUGAACGAAGACAUAUCAGAUUUAUUCUCCAUACUACACUGUAGUACAAUAUGUGUUCUUCCAAAUCACCUACUGAAUGCAAACAGUCAAGAAUGA